AUGAAGACCCUGAUGCGCCAUGGUCUGGCAGUGUGUUUAGUGCUCACUACCAUGUGCACCAGCUUGUUGCUCGUGUACAGCAGCCUCGGCAGCCAGAAGGAGCGGCCCCCGCAGCAGCAGCAGCAGCAGCAGGCAACCGCGACCGGCAGCACGCAGCUUGUGGAGAGCAGUCCCCAGCCACGUAGAACCGCCCCCGCAGGACCCCGGCAGCUAGAAGGAUACCUCGGUGUAGCAGACCACAAGCCCUUGAAAAUGCAUUGCAAGGAUUGCGCCCUGGUGACCAGCUCGGGGCACCUACUGCGUAGUCAGCAGGGCCCCCACAUCGACCAGACAGAGUGUGUUAUCCGCAUGAAUGAUGCCCCGACCCGGGGCUAUGGGCUCGACGUGGGCAACCGCACGAGCCUGCGGGUCAUCGCGCACUCCAGCAUCCAGAGGAUCCUCCGCAACCGCCGCGAUCUGCUCAACGUGAGCCAGGGCACCGUGUUCAUCUUCUGGGGCCCCAGCAGCUACAUGCGUCGGGACGGCAAGGGCCAGGUGUACAACAACCUGCAGCUCCUCAGCCAAGUGCUGCCUCGGCUGAAGGCCUUCAUGAUCACACGCCACAAGAUGCUGCAGUUUGACGAGCUCUUCAAGCAGGAGACUGGCAAAGACAGGAAGAUCUCCAACACUUGGCUGAGCACCGGCUGGUUCACCAUGACCAUCGCUCUGGAGCUCUGUGAGAGGAUCGAUGUCUACGGCAUGGUCCCCCCAGACUUCUGCAGGGACCCAAAGCAUCCUUCCGUGCCCUAUCAUUACUAUGAGCCUUCGGGACCUGAUGAAUGUACAAUGUAUCUCUCUCACGAGCGCGGACGCAAGGGCAGUCACCACCGGUUCAUUACAGAGAAACGGGUGUUUAAGAACUGGGCGCGGACAUUCAACAUUCACUUUUUCCAACCAGACUGGAAGCCGGAAUCACCCGCUGUGAGUCAUGCUGAGGACAAGCCUGUGUUCUGA